UCACCAUGAUCGUAACAUCUCCUAAGCCUCAAUAAUCACUUCAUCUCACACAAUAGUCGUACAGGCUCCGCGAGAGGGUUCCAAUCUUUCCCCUCGCACCAAGCGGCCAUCUCGCCUUCGACGAUCAUUCCGCGACACUCCGCGCCCACCAUCCCGCUCCAAUUCAGUCGCGGUCUCCUCCCGUUUUGCGCUGUGCCUUGCCUAGGUAGCAGGCCGGCUGCAAAAUGGCGCGUGUCUAUGCAGAUGUCAACCAGCAGAUGCCACGGUCAUACUGGGACUAUGACAGCGUGAAUAUCACCUGGGGCGUGCUCGAGAACUACGAGGUCGUACGCAAGAUCGGACGAGGGAAGUACUCGGAAGUCUUCGAAGGCAUUAACGUGGUCAACUACCAGAAGUGCGUGAUCAAGGUGCUGAAGCCGGUCAAGAAGAAGAAGAUCAAGCGCGAGAUCAAGAUCCUGCAGAACCUGUCAGGCGGGCCGAACAUCGUCGCGCUGCUCGAUGUCGUCAGAGACAACCAAAGCAAAACGCCCUCCCUUAUCUUCGAAUACGUCAAUAACACAGAUUUCCGAUCCCUCUACCCGAAAUUCGUCGACUACGAUGUCAGGUAUUAUAUCUUUGAGCUCUUGAAGGCUCUCGACUUCUGCCACAGCAAGGGCAUAAUGCACCGAGACGUGAAGCCGCACAAUGUCAUGAUCGAUCACGAGAACCGAAAGCUACGACUUAUUGACUGGGGUUUGGCAGAAUUCUACCACCAAGGGACAGAAUACAACGUCCGAGUGGCAUCAAGAUACUUCAAAGGGCCAGAACUCCUCGUUGAUUUCCAGGAAUACGACUACUCACUCGACAUGUGGUCUUUGGGAGCAAUGUUUGCUUCCAUGAUCUUCCGAAAAGAACCUUUCUUCCACGGCAGCAGCAACUCGGACCAACUUGUCAAAAUCGCCAAGGUCCUUGGCACAGAAGACCUCUUCGACUACCUAGACAAGUACGAGAUCGAGCUGGAUGCACAGUAUGACGAUAUUCUAGGUCGAUUCCCCAAGAAGAACUGGCACAGUUUCGUCAAUUCGGAGAACCAAAGAUUUGUCAGCAACGAGGCGAUUGAUUUCUUGGAUAAAUUGCUGAGAUAUGAUCAUCAAGAACGAUUGACUGCAAAGGAAGCCAUGGCCCACGCCUUCUUCGAGCCCGUUCGAGAACAACAGCGGGCUCGCCUCACUGCGGGAUCCGCUUCCUCAGCAGCGAGCUGAACCUUUACCUCUCUUAUCCUCGCCUAAAAUACGGCAGCUGAAACCAAAAUUCUCAAGAACUCUUGCGAAGGAGCGUCACGAAACGCUUUGCUCACUUGGCUAACUUCACUUACAUGGCAUGAAGACGUUGAUGGGUGGUGACGGUGACUAUAAUGCAUGUAUGAGAUUCUUCAUUGGUGGUGGAAAUAGGGAUGGGGGCGGCGUUUAAGAUUGUCUUCUUCUUCUUUGAAGUGGUGGGUGGGAGGGGAUUUGAACGUGAUGGAGAUUGAGGCUUGAGCUUGCAUACCCUCUGCUGAACGAAUGAAAU